UUCGUUGUGUUGUGAAACCUAAUGAAAAACCAAGAUACCUAGUGGACCAAAUUUUCCAUUUCUACAAAUAUAAUUAGCAAGUCUCAAAUGCAAUUAGUUUCACACAUUUGGAUUCUGGCUAGAAACACAUUGCUGCAGAAAAAAAAUGAUUAGCGCUAUUCCUUCAACAGCAGCAUUCUUUGUCGCUUCCCUCUUUGUCACUAGCUUCCUUUGGACCUUUCCUCAGGUUGUGCUGGCUGCUACUUCAAACUAUGAAGGCGUUACUAGGCACUAUCAUUUCAAUAUAAGGCUGAAAAACGUUACUAGACUGUGCCACACAAAGAGUAUGGUCACAGUAAAUGGGAAGUUCCCCGGACCUCGUGUUGUUGCUAGAGAAGGAGAAAAAUUAGUGGUUAAGCUUGUGUCUCCAUGCAUGCAUAUAUAUGACACCAAAUGUAUGUAUAGGCAUGGAGUGAGACAACUACGUAGUGGAUGGUCGGAUGGAGCAUCGUACAUAACUCAAUGCCCCAUACAAAGUGGUGAGAGUUAUGUGUACAAGUUCAGCAUGGUAGGGCAAAGAGGAACUCUCUUCUGGCAUGCACACAUCUCGUGGUUAAGGGCUACUCUCUAUGGACCCCUCAUCAUCCUCCCCAGCCGCAACCAAUCUUACCCAUUUGCCAAACCCUACAAAGAAAUCCCCAUCCUCUUCGGAGAGUGGUGGAAUGUGGAUCCGGAGGCUGUCAUUGCACAAGCCCUUCACACAGGGGGUGGUCCUAAUGUCUCUGAUGCUUAUACCUUUAACGGACUUCCUGGGCCCCUCUACAAUUGCUCCACUAACGAUACAUUGAGGCUAAAGGUGAAACCGGGGAAGAGAUAUCUUCUACGUUUGAUCAACGCUGCAAUGAACGAUGAAUUGUUUUUCAGCAUAGCAAACCACAGCAUGACCAUCGUGGAAGCGGAUGCUACAUAUGUUAAACCAUUCAACUCCGACAUCAUAGUGAUUGGACCAGGACAAACCACAAACGUAGUGUUGGAGACAAAACCUGAAUACAUAAACGCCACAUUCUUCAUGCUAGCGAGACCAUAUUCCAAUGGUAGGGGCACCUUCGACAAUUCCACGUUAGCUGGCAUUCUAGAAUACGACAACGACACCCCUUUUUCGAAGUCACAUUUGAAAAACCUUCCCCACUUGAAACCCAACCUUCCCGCCAUGAACGACGCAUCGUUUGUUGCCAAUUUCAGUGGUAAAUUACGCAGCUUGAACAGUGAAGAGUACCCUGCGAACGUGCCCAAAAGUGUUGACAGGAGCUUCUUCUUCACGGUGGGACUUGGGACCAUGCCAUGCCCGAGAAACCAAAGGUGUGAAGGGCCUUACAACAGAACAAAAUUAUCUGCUUCUGUCAACAACGUAUCUUUUGUUCUUCCUUGGGUGGCGAUUCUUGAGCAACAUUUCUUAGGGAAGGGUGAUAAUGGUGUUUAUAGCACGGACUUCCCUGUAGUGCCUCCGAGAGCCUUUAACUACACGGGGAAGCCACCGAAUAACAGCAUGGUGAGGAGUGGAACGAAGGUGGUGGUGAUACCCUACAACACGAGGGUGGAGGUGGUGUUGCAGGACACUAGCAUUUUGGGUGCAGAGUCUCAUCCGUUGCAUCUUCAUGGGUUCAAUAUGUUUGUGGUAGGUCAAGGUUUUGGGAACUUUGAUCCUAACGCAGAUCCUCACAGGUUUAAUCUGGUUGACCCCGUUGAGAGGAACACCGUUGGUGUGCCUUCUGGUGGUUGGGUUGCAAUACGAUUUAUCGCUGACAACCCAGGUGUUUGGCUGAUGCACUGCCACAUCGAUGUGCACAUGAGUUGGGGGUUGAGGAUGGCUUGGAUUGUGAACGACGGCGAACUCUCUCAUCAGAAGUUGCCUCCUCCGCCGUCUGAUCUUCCUAAGUGCUGAUCAUAUUUCAAAGUUGAUGUUGUAGGAUCACCUUCUUCCCUAACCCUACCUCUUCUUAUUUGUCACGAUGCUUAUAUUGUGGCUAAGAAAGGGUAUAUUUUGUAGCUUAUCUAUAUAUUUUGCCGCUCUAUUUUGCCUUCUAUUUCUAUGUAAGAGUGAACCCUGAACUUAGGUUCUAAUUAUAU